AUGGUUCGCUCCGUGUUUUGGCGGCGGCGCAGCGGCAUGCAGGGAGUUGUGGAGAGCCACUUCUGGAGCCUCACGCGGUACCGCAUAGGCCGGCGCUUUCUGGGCCUCGACUACGCCGACAAUGUCAUCUUCUUCCCCGCGUACCGAAAGAAGACUUGGGGCGGGUGGGCCGCCGUCACCCUCGGCGCGACGAACGCGAGUUACAUGACAAACGACACCUCCGCCGUGAACGUGCUGGAGGACGGCUACCCGCUGCACCUGCGGGCGAGCACGAAGUUGCAGGCCUUCAUCUCGCAGGAGCGGAAUGUCUGGCAGCGGCGGAGGGAGGAGGCGAUUGCGCGGCGCGCGGCGGCGCUUGCCACGGGGGCCGCCGCCGCCUCUAGCGCGCGGAACGCCCCUGGCACGAAUGACCGCGCCGCGGCGAACGCCGGGGAGGACGCAGAGAAGGUGGCCGCGGCGCAGGACUACGACGAGCAACACUUCCGUGACGCGAUUAUCAUCAAGUGCAGCUCACCGGGCUUCGCCCAGCGCCACCUGCGGCUGAGCCGCUUGACCACCAUCUUGUACAAGGCGGUGUACUUUUACAUUUGGGGGGUUGCCAUCUCCAUCAUUGUGCAGGCGUACCUGCUGUUCCGGGGCUGGCUGAACCCCCCGGCGCGCGAGGGGCUGAAGAACCUCGAGAGCCACGUGCUGCACAUCCCGAAGCUUCUCUUCGGCCUCUGCGUCUCUGGGUUUGCGUGGCUGGCGCAGCAGGUGCAGCCGCUGGUGGAUCCGCUUUUCAAGGUGCUUGAGGAAAAAUUUCCGCAGGUCAACUGGAGCGCUGCCUCACCAAAGGCGAUUGCAACGAAGGCGCACCAGCUGGCAGGGAACGACGACGCGGCGCAGCAGUUGGCAGCCCAGGAGGGGGCGAGGGUCGCGGCAAGGAAGGCGGCGCAAGGAGAGGCAGAGGUGGAGCGUCGGGCGUGGUGGAGGCGGGCGUUUAUUGUCCUCUUCUGCCUCUUCUCCAUUCUUUGCGUGAUCUAA